AUGGAUUUGGACGAAGAGGAUUUGCAAUCGUUGAAUGAAACAAAUGACACGCAGUCCGGUUUCGCUGAACCCGAAUCAUUGGAUGUGAUAGUUCCUUUGAGCGUGAUAUAUGCUAUUAUAUUUGUGACUGGAAUCCUAGGAAACAUAAGCACAUGUGUUGUCAUCGGUCGGAACAGAUCCAUGCACACAGCUACAAACUUUUACCUAUUUAGUUUAGCGAUAUCCGAUCUUCUCUUGCUUAUCUGUGGAUUGCCGUUGGAAGUGCAUAGAUUGUGGAAUCCACUGUCUUACCCACUAGGAGAAGCGUUAUGUAUUACAGUCGGUUUGAUAUCAGAGACAUCAGCCAACGCUACUGUGUUAACAAUAACUGCGUUCACUGUUGAAAGAUAUAUAGCCAUAUGCCGUCCAUUCAUGUCUCACAAGAUGUCAAAAUUGUCUAGAGCAGUGAGAUACAUUAUAGCUAUAUGGAUUUGUGCUCUGUGUUCCGCGGUACCUCAAGCUAUGCAGUUCGGUGUUGUCUCCUAUAAAGAGAACGGUCAGACUAUCAGUGCAUGUACAGUAAAAGGUCAUGGUGUACACCAAGUCUUUGUUAUAUCAAGUUUUGUGUUUUUCGUUGCUCCAAUGUCUUUGAUAACUGUGUUAUAUGCGUUGAUUGGUCUCAAGUUACACACGUCAAGGGUUUUGCAUCCAGUCAAGAAAUCAUCGGUUGAAAGCGGCGAUCGUCCCAAUGGUACUCCUCGAUACAGAAACGGCGCUUCCCAAAGAAGAGUCAUUAGGAUGUUAGUCGCAGUGGCGUUGUCGUUUUUCCUCUGUUGGGCGCCAUUCCACGUUCAGAGGCUGAUAGCGAUAUAUGGCAAGAAUUUGGAACAUCCAACAGACACAUUCUAUAAGGUGUACAUAGUCCUGACGUAUGUGUCUGGCGUGUUGUACUUCCUAUCCACUUCAAUUAAUCCGUUCCUGUACAACAUCAUGUCGAACAAAUUUAGAAAUGCUUUCAAGAUGACGUUGUCGAUGUGGUGUAGUCGUCGUGACAGUACCAGGUUGGAGAGGACUUACAGUGCUCUAUUGGCUCAGAGGCAACGAGCUGCUCCAAGGGCUGUUCAGCGACCACGACUUCUGAGACGUCUCUCGACUGCGUCAUCACAACUGUGCGUUGCGCCGCCCCGAGCGCAGUCUAUCAACAGAAGAAAUCUCUCCGUCGUAGAUGAGGAAAUAGAAUCUCAUUGGCUCUGGAAGCAGAGGAUGACAGAUGCCUCGGAUUCCUUAACGUCGCCGAGAAGCAUUUCCAACUCCAGUCUCCACGAGUUAGAUCCUGAACUCAGCGGCGAAGAACUGGCGACUUACCUGUACCAAGUGAAUUGUAAUAUUGGAGGGAAAACCUGA